AUGGCGGCGUACUACCACGGCGGCGCCGUCACGGACAUCCAGGCCAGCACCGACGGCCUGCGGACGCUGUACCUGAUGAACCCGAGCUACGCCGGCUACGCGGACGACGGCGGCGCGUCCGCGCCGGGGGCGACCAACAUGAUGCUCCUCAACUCGGCGGUGACCACCAUGACGCCGGCGUCCUUCGCGCACCACCACCACCACCAGAAGUCUCCGUCGUCGGCCGCGCAGCAGCAGCACUUCGUCGGCAUCCCGCUCCAGGCGCCGCCGUCGGGCUACAACCCGUGGACCCCGGCGGCCACGGCCGCGGACAUGUCGUCGCCAACGCCGCAGGCGCAGACUCCCGGCGCCGCAGCGGCUGGGGUCAGCGCCGUGCUCAGCCUGUUUUCCCGCGAGGCAGCGCCGCCGCCGGUCACGGUGGCCGUCCCCGGCUGCACCGACGACGGCAAGUACCACCUGGGCGUGUCGGCCACGUCGCAGGGGCAGAUGGUGAUGAGCUCCAAGUACCUCAAGGCCGCGCAGGAGCUGCUCGACGAGGUGGUGAGCGUCAGCAAGGGCGUCGAGGACGCCAACAAGACGACCAAGAGCCUGGCGGCGGUGAAGAAGAAGGAGGACUCGGAGGGCGUGUCCGGUGGCGGCACCGAUGACGGUUCCGGAGCAAAGAGCGGUGGCGGCGCGGCGGAGAUGUCCACCGCGGAGCGGCAGGAGCUGCAGAUGAAGAAGAGCAAGCUUAUCAACAUGCUUGACGAGGUGGAGCAGCGGUACCGGCAGUACCACGGGCAGAUGCAGGCGGUGUCGUCGUCGUUCGAGGCGGCGGCGGGCGCCGGGUCGGCGCGGACGAACACGGCGCUGGCGCUGCGCACCAUCUCGCGGCAGUUCCGGUGCCUGCGGGACGCGAUCGAGUCGCAGGUGCGCGCGGCGAGCCGGGCGCUGGGCGAGGACGCGGACGCCGCCGUCGCCGCCGGGGGCCGCACCGUGAUGUCCCGCCUCCGCUACAUCGACCACCAGCUCCGGCAGCAGCGCGCGCUGCAGCAGCUCGGCAUGAUGCAGGGUGGCGCCUGGCGGCCCCAGCGCGGCCUCCCCGAGCGCUCCGUCUCCAUCCUCCGCGCUUGGCUCUUCGAACACUUCCUGCACCCAUACCCCAAGUAUUCGGACAAGAUCAUGCUCGCCAAGCAAACCGGGCUCACCAGGAGUCAGGCUAAAGGCUACGCUGAGGAUCAGCGUAUUUUACCGCAUGAUGAUGGGCCACAUAAGCACCUGUUCUGCUCAUAUACUUUUCAGCCGACUUGUGCUUAUUUUGGCUUAUUCUUCCUCACAGAAAUACUAUUAAAACAGCCGAAAUCAGUCGAAAUGGGACCUAAGGGUCUGUUUCAAAUUAUAAGACGGUACAACUAUUAG